UAGUGACGUAGGCGGUGGGGGAGCGCUCAGCCAGCCCUGCAGGGCGAGCAGUCCAGCCCUGGGUUCACCGGAGCUUAAGCUUUGCAGCAGGAAAACUUCCAUCUCGCUCUCCUGGCUUUGAUCCUCACUGGACAGCAGACCAGAGGCACUGAAGGGAGGGAGGAUGCGAGAUGACCGGUCCUUUGGCGAGAUGACCGGUCCUUUGGCAACCUGACCAUCGACUUAGCAGAGCCUUCAAAAGCGAGCCAGUGGCUGACUGCACGACCAAGGAGGCGCCGCGCCUCUCGUGGAUGUGUGUGUGUGAGUGAUCCAGCGAGUGUGUGUGCGUGUGAGGGUGUGUGUGUAUGCCUGUGUGCACAUCACAAUUGUGUGUGUGUCUGGGUGAGUGUGCGUGUGCACGCGUGAGUGUGUGUGUAUGUUUGCAUGUGUGUGUGAGUGCUCUUGGCUAUUAUUAUUAUUUUUGGAAGAAACAUCUUUGAAAAUCUGGGGCAGGUUACUGUGCUCCUAGGGUGAUUCUUCUUUUGCAAGAGGAGCUGACCACAGCAAGCUACUAGAGCCAUUUCUCGGCCAGUAAAGAGAUUUUUCCUCCCAGAAGGAGAAGGAUUUUUCUCCCUGCUCUGCAGCCAAGUGAAAGAGAUUAGUCCCUAAACCUGUGAAAUCGACCAGAGCUGUGUGAUUACCAGGGCUUGAGAGAGGACUCGAAAAGAAAAGGAGAAAUAAAUCAGCCUGACAGUUCCUUUGGCCACAUUGGAAGAUGUCAUCUCAAACUAAGUUCAAGAAAGACAAAGAGAUCAUUGCUGAAUAUGAAGCCCAAAUAAAAGAGAUCCGUACGCAGCUGGUGGAGCAGUUCAAAUGUCUGGAGCAGCAAUCAGAGUCGCGACUGCAGCUGCUUCAAGACCUCCAGGAGUUUUUCCGCAGGAAAGCUGAGAUUGAGCUCGAGUACUCCCGCAGCCUGGAGAAGCUGGCUGAGCGCUUCUCCUCCAAAAUCCGCAGCUCCCGGGAGCACCAGUUCAAGAAGGACCAGUACCUCCUCUCACCUGUGAACUGUUGGUAUCUGGUUCUGCAUCAGACCCGGCGGGAGAGCCGAGACCAUGCCACCCUCAAUGACAUCUUCAUGAACAAUGUCAUCGUCCGCCUCUCCCAGAUCAGUGAGGAUGUCAUCAGACUCUUCAAAAAGAGCAAGGAGAUUGGCCUGCAGAUGCAUGAGGAGCUCCUGAAGGUGACCAAUGAGCUCUACACAGUCAUGAAAACCUACCACAUGUACCAUGCGGAGAGCAUCAGUGCAGAAAGCAAGCUGAAGGAGGCCGAGAAGCAGGAGGAGAAGCAGUUCAAUAAGUCUGGAGACCUCAGCAUGAACCUUCUCCGGCAUGAGGACCGGCCCCAGCGCCGCAGCUCUGUGAAGAAGAUUGAGAAGAUGAAGGAGAAGAGGCAGGCCAAGUAUUCUGAGAACAAGCUGAAAUGCACAAAGGCCCGAAAUGACUACUUGCUCAAUCUGGCAGCCACCAAUGCAGCUAUAAGCAAAUACUACAUCCAUGACGUCUCCGAUCUGAUCGAUUGCUGUGAUUUGGGCUUUCAUGCCAGCCUGGCCCGCACCUUCCGGACCUACCUCUCAGCUGAAUAUAACCUGGAGACGUCUCGCCACGAGGGGCUGGACGUCAUCGAGAAUGCAGUGGACAACCUGGAUUCCCGAAGCGACAAACACACAGUCAUGGACAUGUGCAACCAGGUCUUCUGCCCUCCACUCAAGUUUGAGUUCCAGCCCCACAUGGGGGAUGAGGUAUGCCAGGUCAGUGCUCAGCAGCCCGUCCAGACAGAACUGCUCAUGCGGUAUCACCAGCUGCAGUCCAGACUGGCCACCCUCAAGAUAGAGAAUGAGGAGGUUAGGAAAACCCUGGAUGCUACCAUGCAGACCUUGCAGGACAUGCUGACGGUGGAGGACUUUGAUGUCUCCGAUGCCUUCCAACAUAGUCGAUCAACAGAGUCCGUCAAGUCUGCUGCCUCUGAGACCUACAUGAGCAAGAUCAACAUUGCCAAGAGGAGAGCCAACCAGCAGGAAACAGAAAUGUUUUAUUUUACAAAAUUUAAAGAAUAUGUGAAUGGCAGUAACCUCAUCACCAAGCUGCAGGCCAAGCACGAUUUACUCAAGCAGACCCUGGGCGAAGGCUGGAGUGCAGUGAUGCUAUCUCGCUCACCUCAACCUCCACCUCCCGGUUCAAGCGGUUCUUCUUCCUCAGGCUCCCGAGUAGCUGGGAUUACAGGGGAAAGAGCAGAAUGCGGCACCACCAGCAGAAGAGAUGGAAGGCUUAGGCUGCCCCACUUUGCUUGGCUGAGCUGUCCCCCUGCUCCCCACUUUGUGCCCCACCCAGCACUUCAAGGAAGAAGAAAUGCUCGAACCAGGAACCAGGAUUCAGGACAAGCUAUACCACUUGUAGUCGAGAGCUGCAUCCGUUACAUCAAUUUAUAUGGACUCCAGCAGCAGGGGAUCUUCAGAGUGCCAGGAUCUCAGGUGGAAGUCAAUGACAUCAAAAAUUCCUUUGAGAGAGGUGAAGACCCCCUUGUGGACGAUCAAAAUGAACGAGAUAUCAAUUCAGUCGCUGGUGUUUUAAAACUGUAUUUCCGAGGACUGGAAAACCCACUCUUUCCUAAGGAAAGGUUUCAAGAUUUGAUAUCUACUAUUAAACUGGAGAACCCAGCUGAGAGGGUGCACCAGAUCCAACAAAUCCUUGUUACCCUUCCCCGUGUGGUCAUCGUGGUCAUGAGAUACCUCUUUGCUUUCCUCAACCACCUCUCCCAGUAUAGCGACGAGAACAUGAUGGAUCCCUACAACCUGGCCAUCUGCUUCGGGCCUACCCUCAUGCACAUCCCUGAUGGGCAGGACCCUGUGUCCUGCCAGGCACACAUCAAUGAAGUCAUCAAAACCAUCAUCAUCCAUCAUGAAGCCAUCUUCCCCAGCCCCCGGGAGCUAGAGGGACCUGUGUAUGAAAAAUGCAUGGCUGGAGGGGAAGAAUAUUGUGACAGCCCACACAGCGAGCCAGGGACCAUCGAUGAAGUUGACCAUGACAAUGGCACAGAGCCUCAUACCAGCGAUGAAGAAGUGGAGCAGAUUGAGGCAAUCGCCAAGUUUGACUACAUGGGGCGGUCCCCACGUGAGCUGUCCUUCAAGAAAGGGGCCUCGCUGCUCCUGUACCACCGCGCCUCAGAGGACUGGUGGGAGGGCCGGCACAAUGGCGUGGAUGGACUCAUCCCCCAUCAGUACAUAGUUGUACAGGACAUGGAUGAUGCCUUCUCCGACAGCCUGAGCCAGAAGGCUGACAGCGAGGCUAGCAGUGGGCCACUGCUGGAUGACAAGGCCUCUUCCAAAAACGACCUCCAGUCCCCCACGGAGCACAUCUCGGAUUACGGCUUUGGGGGGGUGAUGGGCCGAGUGCGGUUACGAUCUGAUGGAGCGGCCAUCCCCAGACGCCGAAGUGGGGGCGACACACACAGCCCACCCCGGGGCCUGGGCCCCAGCAUAGACACGCCACCCCGGGCUGCUGCCUGCCCCAGCAGCCCCCACAAAAUCCCCCUCAACCGGGGGAGGAUCGAGAGCCCUGAGAAGCGGAGGAUGGCGACGUUCGGGAGCGCUGGCAGCAUCAACUACCCUGACAAGAAGGCGCUCUCUGAAGGGCACUCGAUGAGGUCGACCUGCGGUUCCACCAGGCACAGCAGCCUAGGGGACCACAAGUCCCUGGAAGCUGAGGCCCUGGCAGAAGACAUCGAGAAGACCAUGAGCACAGCUCUGCACGAGUUGCGGGAACUCGAGAGGCAGAACACGGUCAAGCAGGCGCCAGAUGUGGUGCUGGACACCCUGGAGCCCCUGAAGAAUCCCCCAGGCCCCAUCAGCUCGGAGCCCGCCAGUCCCCUUCACACCAUCGUCAUCCGCGACCCUGAUGCCGCCAUGCGCCGCAGCAGCAGCUCCUCCACCGAGAUGAUGACCACCUUCAAGCCAGCCCUGUCCGCCCGCCUGGCGGGCGCCCAGCUGCGCCCACCCCCCAUGCGGCCCGUGCGGCCGGUGGUCCAGCACCGGUCCAGCAGCAGCAGCAGCUCAGGCGUGGGCAGCCCAGCCGUGACGCCCACCGAGAAGAUGUUCCCCAACAGCUCAGCGGACAAGUCAGGCACCAUGUGACCUGCAGGAUGGGCCACCCUGUCAUGGCCCACUGUGGCUCGCCACGGCCCAGGGUGGCCUCGGUGGCUUCCACGUGCUUCCCAGUGACCCUGGCCUUGGAGGGCAGAGGUCAGCCUGGGAGGAUGUGUCUGUGCAGAGCUGAGGUAGGCGCUGGCUGCAGUUCACGUCCAGCCGUGGGAAUCCCACAGACCUCUCGCGUGUCCGCAGACGUCCAGAGGAGUGCCGGAACUCCGGCAGCCCCAACCACAGCAUCUCCUAACAUCGAGGUGACAUGCGACGUGGCUUCUCCCGCAUAUCGUCACUGGAAACUUCCUCUCUCGACAUUCUGUCUACAUACCUAUAUGUGUGUGUAUAUCGAUGUGUGCAUAUAUACACAUGUAUAUGUAUGUAUGUGUCUGUAGGUGUGUGUAUAUAUAUAUAUAUUUAUGCAUCUAUAUACAUAUACUAGAUCUGGACACACACAUACUAAGUGUAUAUAGUAUCUCCUUUUUCUUUUUAUGAAACUUAGAUUUACCUCAGACCCAUGCCACCAAACAUCUCCCACUGAGUUAUUUGGUGGGAUUUGCAGGGACUUUUCUGGGAGAACUUAGAGGCCCAUAGUAACUGCGAAUGAAGCAAUAUAUCACUAACCUGCAGAAAAACACAAACAAAAACAGUCUCCCACUGUCUCCAGAAGUCGUGGCCUUCCAGAACAGUCUGCCCCUCAAGGAAGGGUGGGGCAGGCAGUACCCCUAAGCAGGCUGCUCCCAGAGGUGGGGAACCCUUCAUAGAAAAUCCCCACCCCUGUCCACCCCAGAGACCCUGCCCUUCCACCCGGAGGCCAAAGGCCAACUGUAUCCCCGAAGGCACGGGAGAAAGUUGGCGAGAAGACCCCUGACCACCACAUCCUUGUGUUUGUGUGUAGAGGCAGGGGAUAGUGAGAACCUCAGCCCCAUUGUAGCACAGUAUUACAUGUGGUUGGGAAAAAGGGAAAAAUAAAAAUACAGUGGUGUGAAAUACUUCAAAACCUAGAAACGCUGUAGGAAUAAAUCUGUGGUAACUAUAGAGGUUUAACUUAUAUCAUUUUCAAAAUAUUUAAUUUUUUCUUUUCCUGGUUCUACUAAUUAUACUGUGUCAGAUUUGGAACUAAACAGGCAAGGAGGCUUUGAGUCACAUCGUUUUCAUUUUAAAUCAGGCUGUGACGCACUAUGGCUGGUGCCGUCUUGCAUGAAACGCAUGAGCCGUGAGCGCCCAGUUCAGACUGGGGCCAGGGAGGGACAGUCCUUGGCACUUUCUGUCCUAAAGGACACUGUCAGUUGAGUUAAAACAAGUGGCAUAGCUUCCCUUCCCUUCCCCUUCACCCACUCCCUCCAGAACAUUUAGCGUAGAUGAAAAUGUGGUGAUAGGAAUGGGUGCAUGAUCUUCGUGUGUGACAGCAAGGCCUUUGCCUCUUGGCUGAGCGAAGCCCUUCUGGGUCGCUCUCCUUUGAUUUCUUUGUACCUCCUCUUCUGAUCAGUUCCAGUGAUGAGCUGUUUCUGGAUAAUGAAAUGGCACAGGGUGAAUCUGUGUGUCCUGUGGGCCACUGUUACCCCCUCCUGCCAGACCCAGAGGCUCUUCCCUAUUCUUCCCAAGCUUCCUCUCUCUCUCGGCCACUGAAGUUUGGAAUCAAAAGGCCCAGAGUCUGAGUCCCAGCCCUGAGCACUUAGGAGCCUUGUGACUUAGGGUUUGGCAUUCCACCUCAUUGAGCCUGGCUUUUCUGCUCAUAAAAUAGGAUAAUAAAGGUAAAAUGGCAGUGAGCAAGCUGUGUACACUGGAAAGCACUAAAUCAAUACAAUGCUCUUGUGAUUAUCAUUAGUAAGGUAAGUGUUAAGAUGAGAACCCUCCAGCCCUUCUUUUUGAAACCUCUUAAUGGCAUUUCAGAAGUGAGCAGUGGAAUUUUCCUACCAUCUUAAUAAGAGCCCUGGAUUCCAUCAUUAGCCAUUCUACCUUGUCUGAAGGACUGGACUUGUCACCCCACAGUGAAAAGGAGCAUCAGGAAAGGAACAAAGAAAGGAUCUCAGGGAGAGGCCAGUGUCAAACUUGACUUCCCUUGUUUGGCCUAGAAUGAACCCUUCUCUUUAACUCCUGGAUACGAAAGGCCCUCUGCCUUGGAGCACAGAAAGAUAUUGCCAUUUUACCGCUUCAGAGAGUAAGGCCUUGGGCUGUGCUUUGACCUGCCCAAGAUUUGACAACUGGCUAAGAGCAGAGGCUGUGUCAGGCUCUUAAAGUCAUGUGUUUGCAUGCUCGACGCUAUGCUAGCCAGUCAGGACACAAGACUUCUGAUUUCUACCAGAUCCUAAAUCCAGUAGCCUCCCAGGCAAAAUAUAGCAAUCUCUGCCACAGCUAUCAGAUGAAAGGCAACAAUCGGAGUAGACAAAUCUGUUGCCUGAUAUACAUAACACCAAUCAGACCAUGUGGAUUUUUCUCUGAAUUGACUGCUUUUGUUUUUUUCUUACUGAAAAUGGAUCUGCCUUUCACUGAAUUUUCUGAAGGCAGAGGCUUAGCUGUUUUCUUCAAGCACCUAUUUUUUUUCCAUUGGGAAAUGGCUGAUGAGUUCACAUUUAGGGAUGCGCACACACAGAUGGCAGACGUCUCCCCACUCAUCCAGGCCCAAAUCUGAGCCCUGAUGCAGCCCAAGUGGGAAAAUACUUCCCCGCCCCCUCCCCUGUUCCCAUUUCCUCAUCUGGCACUAUGCAUGUCUCAGUCACCCUCCACAGCACUCAGUCCCAUCAACGUUCACUGAACAUUGGCUUUCUCUUUCUGACUCCUGCCUGUUUUAGUCCACUAUAUAUUGCUGUAUUUGCUUAAAUGCUGGAAAGUAACUGUUAAAAUGUGAAAUUGUAAUUUUUAAAAAGGCUACAAUUAAAUUUUAGCCAAUGCCACUCACCAAAUCUUUGCACCUAGUAGAUAGAUCAAUGUAAAAACAAAUACCAGAAACCUAACUGUACAGUGCGUGUGGGGGAAAUGUAGUAACCUAGUUAGUAGUCUUCAAUAUAACCAGUUGUACAAGGGGAAGUGGUGUGUACCUACUUGUUCAUCACCAUUAUUGAAAACCGUACUGAUCAGUUAGUUGAUAACGGGCAUUUUUAAUUUUUAUUUUUUUGCUUCAUGGAAUGAUUUCUUAACCUUCGACUUAUCCUGAGGUCAAGCCUUUUGUCUUUACGUAUAUCUGAUGUUCAGUCUAUUUUAGGUAUGAACCAGCAAGUUCAUUUAAAACUGACCAAAGACAAUUAAUUCCUGGUCUAGUUUCCUGGGCCUCAUGGCCCAGCUGCCGCUAAAGAGCUUUCUGGAUAAAAUUGAGAACAAGCUGUGCUUCCUACCCCACUCGCCCUGUCCCCUUUUAUUCCCUUUUCCUCUUAAAGAGCUGCUCUGAGCUGUGGGAUUCUACGAAAAAUUCUUGCCUUUCCUUGUUUCAGUGCUAACGAUUUCUCACCUUGAAGCGCCUUUUGAACCCCGGACAGAAUGCACAACUGGAGGGAAUUGUGGGCUUGGGAAUUAGACUUGGGAGUCUUUUCUCUGAAGUCACCAGGCAAGGGGUCAGGAGAGAAAUGGAUUCCCAAGGGAUGAAAGGUUUCUAUUCAAUGAAGAAAUCUGAGUGGGAAGAGACACAGGGAAACUGAGCCAUAUUUUGGCUAUCGGCUGGAACCAGCAGUUCAGAGAUCUGCCUUAUAAACACUUAAAACUGGUUUGUGGUACACAAAGGGGAGCCAGGUGGGAAGGGGCCUUUACGUGGGGCUUUCUUCUCUGCUGGAGUCCCUUGGAGUGCCUUGUUGGGUAUAUUUCUUUGUUGUUCAGGAGGCACGCAUGCGGAGGACUUCUCAUGACCUGGUCGUGAUGUGGCACUCAGUGCAUGUACACAGCUAAUGGAAAAACACAAGGACUCGCGUAACGGUUCUUCCUCUCAGUCUUUCUAUUUCUAACUGUUCACGCAUCCAGAUGGUUCCACAGUAGAGCAAAUGCCUCAUUCUCCUGAGAAACCUGGAAAGAAGAGUGGCUGGCUCACAACCAUGGGGGUGGCCCCUGAUGGGCUGGGAGUGGGGGUGGUGGCAGGGAGGAAAGGCAGAAAGGGGUGAGUUGAGGUGUUGCUGAGCUGAUUUUCUGCUGUGCAGAGCUAAUGCUGACGUUUCAUGUCAACUUCCCCGGUUCUCUGGGGUCUCCUCUCCUCUGAGCAGCCACAUAGAACAUUCCCCACAUAUCCAGAGCUGCCCAGAGGAGCUGAGAGAAAGGACUUUACUGUCAGGUCCAAGCCCUCCUGGCAUUCCUGAGAUUGAUCUGCCAGUGUCCCACUGUCCCUCUGGGUCUGGCCAUGUGGCCAUUGCUGCCCCCUUGUUGACACCUCCUUUCUGUGUGAACUGUCCCCAGCAAAUAACAAAGCUGUUCCUUGAACUAGAACAACCAGAGUGCACUUUUCCUUCCUUAGACGGAAGUAGAUCUUGGCUAGGGUUUCUGCCCAGGCCCUUGUUCCCGGCAGUGUGACUGUUUACAUGGUUUGGCAAUAGGUUUGAUUCUGAUUGCUUCAGAGUGGCUGGUCUAUUUCGUUUCCUUUGGUUUCCUUCCUCCCCAAAUUGUGACAGGAAAAACAAACCAAAACCACCCUAGGAAAUUGCUGGUUGCCUGUCCCCACGUGAUGAUAAAUGUUUCCCUCUUCUGGAUAUCGUUUCUCUACCUUACGACCAAACGCCCGUCCUAUAGAGUGUCUGAUUGGAUCCUCUGUCGCGUAUUCUGAUGGUGCCUGCUGGUUUGACGUGGAGCUAUCCUGUGAAAUAAAACAGCUUAACUUUUCUCAAA